UAAUAUAAUAUAUAUAAUAUUUCAGUAUAAUGUGAGAUCAUACCCUACAACAAUAUUAUAUAACCAGUCUGUUCCACAUCAAUACCAUGGCAACCAUAAUGAACACGCCCUCGUCGAGUUUAUACAGGACACAUUGAACCCACCUGUCAUAAAGUUAGACAGAAGCUCGUUUAACAGUCAGGUUCUGCAGAAAGAUGAAAAUGUGAUCUGGUUAGUGGAUUUUUAUGCCUCGUGGUGUGGGCCGUGUCAACAGUUAGCACCAGAGUGGAGAAGGUUAGCCAAGAUGUUAAAGGAUACGAAGAAUGUGUUUGUAGGGAUGGUAGAGUGCCAGGAAGAGCAAUCUUUAUGUUCUAGUCAACAUGUACAAUCAUAUCCUAACCUUAGAUUAUACCCACCAAAGGCUAAAGGAGGCUCGUAUUUUACAUAUAAUGGUUGGCAUAGAGACGCAGAGUCACUACGGGCGUGGGCAUAUGAAUUUCUACCUUCAAAAGUAGAAACUAUAACAUGGAAUAAAUUCCAGAAUAAAAUUAUAUCUAGUCCGGAUGCUUGGAUUUUAGACUUUUACGCGCCUUGGUGCGGGCAUUGUCAAGUUUUCCGUCCAGAAUUUGAAAAAGUUGCUAAUAAUAUAGAAGGUACUGCUAAGGCAGGGAAGGUAGAUUGUACUCAGGAAAGACAACUCUGUCAUCAGGCCAGUGUUAAUUCAUAUCCAACUGUUAGAUUUUAUACUGGAUCUAAUAAUGGUAAUCCCCAGAAUGCAUAUGGUUGGGAUAUUGUAAGCCAAAAUGCUGAAGAAAUAACUAAUUUUGUUAAACAAAAUACACCAAAGAGAAAACAAGUGAAACAUAAUAAAGAUCAUGAUGAAUUGUGAUACAACAUCUGUGUUAUAUGAUAGUCUACCAUAUUUUAUACCAUGCCUUGUCAUUUAAUAUAUUAUUUGUUUAACAUGUGUUAUAUGAUCUGCUUC